ACCGUUGUUCUCGAAAACAAGGAUGUGAGCUAGAAACAAUAUACAGAGCUGCAAGAAAGACAGCAACUUUAGUGUUUCUGCGAGCCUGGGGCAGAAAUGAAGUAUUCCGUUUAUUUUCUUCACGCCGUGCUUCACUGUUGGAUUGUGGGGUUGGUCGUUUCUAUCGUAAAUGGAAAGCAGGUCUGGCCAGUGCCUUACAAGCGAGUCGACAAGCGUCCAGAUGUUGAUCCUUUCUGCCAGGCUUUAUACCCAUUCUGCCCCACUGGAGAUCCAGCUGGUCAGAUACCUGUCAUGAAAGAAUCUGACCUCAUCUCCAUCUUCAGACUUCAGACUCCUGUGUGGGAGUUUAAAUACGGUGACAUCAUGGGAAAGUUUCACAUCAUGCAUGAUGCCGUCGGCUUUGCGAGUGCAAAUACCGGAAGAAAUUACACUAUGGAGUGGUACGAGCUGUUUCAGCUUGGGAAUUGCACGUUUCCUCAUGAAAGAGAGGGUUUGAGUGCUCCUUUCUGGUGCAACCAGGGAGCCGCUUGCUUCUAUGAAGGCAUUGAUGAUAUACACUGGAAACAGAAUGGGAGUCUGGAGAAAAUAGGAGAAAUUUCAGGCAAGCUGUUUAAUGAAAUGGCUCGCUGGGUUCAGGAGGACAAUGAAACGGGUGUUUAUUAUGAGACUUGGACUGUAAAGUCUGACUCCGGUGCAAAUUCCACAACGUGGUUCGACUCCUACGAUUGUUCCCAGUUUGUUCACCGCACAUAUAAGAAACUAAUGGACCUGGGAACGCAACUGUCCAGCCAGACCCCACUGAAAUACACAAAGAUCUAUCUGUACAGCGGGGAGCCUCUCUAUUUGGGGGAUGACAGCAUCUUUCAGCAGUCUUCUACAAAAGAUCUGGCCGCAGAUAUCAGACAGUUUUAUUACUCGUUUCGCUCUCACCAAUCAAUGGUAGAGAUGAUCAAAAGUCUGUUAGAGGCUCUUGAAAAGAUGGUCGUGGAAAAGACUUUCUAUUUCUACUACAACUCUCAGUACUGGAAGUUGCCCAUGAAAUAUCCUUAUCUAAAGAUCACCUACGAGGAGAUUCCUUUUCCAUGACUAAACUCUUUUCGGUAAAAUAGAUUUGGUAUAACAUAAGCAUUCGAUUUUUAAAGGAACACUCUGUACUCUGUGAAAAAGUAUCUGUAAAUUCUUAGUUUACAUAUUUUGUGAUUCACAAGUUUUAUCCGUAUCCGUUAAUUUAUGGUUGUAAAUUGCAUUAUGGGACGUAGAUCUCUGCUCUGUCGACUUUUGAUUUUGAAAAUUCAGCUCUACAGUUUAACAAAGUAACUUUUAUUGACAUUU